CAUUUUGUUAGCCGCAAUAUGAUCAAUAUGCUGGCAGCUAGCUGUACACAAUCAUGGAUCAGUCAUGCCGAUGUAUAUCCGGGAUGUUUCGAACACCUCAGCUCCAUGAUUGACUGCGUUUCUGCUUGUAGAGAGAAUGUAUAGAGAUUGGGGAGUCAACUCAACUCCCCAACUCCCUGGAAAAUGGUUACGAGUUGCUCUACUGAAUACAAAUGCUACCGGCAAAAGCUAGUGUAUAUAUACCGCAGUUCUAAUCGGUAAUCCCGUCUCGGAUCCCUUCAUGCACCGCCAUGUAAUGUAAUGGUCGCCGUGCAUUGUGCCUGAAUACGUACAGUUGUAUAUGCACUAUAGCUUUGUUUCUUAAUAUAUAUACAGCUCGUUGAUCUACUCUGACCGUGUCUUCUGCCGUCUUCUGCUGCUUUUUUCUUAAUCGGCCUUCAAUAUGUACAUGUAGGUACAAAUAUAUUUUCUCUGCUGGGCAAGCUGAUAUGACUGGAUGUACGAGAGAGAGUCAUAAAAGAUAAUGACCACUUCAUGACGAUGUCUGAAUCAGACGAAGACGAUUCCGUCAUCGUGGUCGACAACGGAUCGGGGUCAAUCAAAGCAGGGUUCGCGGGGGACGACGCACCACGAUGUGUAUUCCCAGCGAUGAUCGGACGCCCCAAGUACCAGAAACUCGUACCUCAUUCGAUGUUCACCCGAGAUCAUUUUGUCGGGGACGAGGCUCAGAGAAUGAGGGGUCUGCUCAGCCUGAGAUACCCAAUCGAGCACGGCAUCGUCACGAACUGGGACGAUAUGGAGAAGAUCUGGCAUCAUACCUUCUACAAUGAGCUCCGCGUCGACCCCGCCGAGUGCCCAGUCUUUUUCACCGAUGUCCCCAAGAGUACAAAGGCUAGUCGAGAAAAAACGACUCAGAUUGUGUUCGAGAAGUUUGGCGCCAGAGCGUUCCACAUCUGCACACAUGGCGUCUUGUCCCACUGCGCGGCGGGGCGCACGAUGGCUGUCAUGUUGGACAUCGGCGACGGGGUCAUCAGUGUCGUGCCGAUAUCAGAAGGCUACAUCAUCACCCCGGCCAUCCACCAGGUCAACUUCGGUGGCCGCGACCUCACCCAAAUCAUGAUGAAGAUGUUGAAUGAUAGGGGUUAUUCCUUCGUGACGACGGCUGAAAGAGAAAUUGUCCGGGAGAUCAAGGAAAGCCUUUGCUACGUCGCGCCGGAUUUCGAUAAAGAGACACUCGGGUCAACCGCAACGACUAAAACAUAUACGCUCCCAGAUCUUCAUGAUAUCACCCUCGGCAACGAGCUCUUCCGCGUUCCAGAAAUCCUCUUCCAACCCUCUCUGGCUGAUCUCGACCACGCCAGCAUUCAGCAACUCGUCUACGACACCCUCAUGAAAUGCGACAUCGAUCUCCGGCUGAACCUCUACUGCAACAUCAUCCUCGUCGGGGGCUCCACGAUGUUUCCUGGACUCCAGGAAAGACUCCAGAAAGAACUGUCCUCCAUGUUGCCUUCGAAGGCAAGGUGUAGGGUUAUUGCCCCACCGGAAAGGAAGUAUUCGGUCUGGAUCGGAGGGUCCAUCCUCGGCUCACUCACUACAUUCAAGGAGGUUUGGAUUACAAAGGCGGAGUAUGAGGAACACGGACCGAGUGUCGUACAUGAAAAAUGUACAAACUAGCAGAACUUGUUCUUGACAGGUCGAUGAAGUGGUCCACCAUUUUGGCUCUAUUGUAGCGUGCGUGGACAUCUUUGAUGGGAAAAAUAUGGCAUAACCUAGCCUGACCUAAUAGGCCAACCCUGCAUGGGCUUGAUGAGGAGGUCCAUUGGAUAUUAGAUACGGUAUGAAAGUAUAUAGGUUUUACAAUCGGCCAGAACAUUAACUAGCCCUUGAUCAUAUACCUAUACAAUUAUGACUGUUGUCCUCCAUACUUCCAGCGUGAUGUCCGUGACGUGUAACCUCUCCUGGCUAACAGGUCAACUUUGGACUGGAUGAGUAAUAUUGAUAAUUAAGUUCAUUAGAAAUCGUGGUAUGAAAAAUUGGUAGUUUUUAGUAAUAGACACAACUGACCUUUUAAAUAAUAAUAGGCUUACAUUUGACAUAGGCUGUAUUUCUCUCAUUGAUUUGUAAUCACUGAAGAGUUACACUGCAAAACCUGGUGUUAAACUCCACCACAAGUGAUUAAAGAGGACCAUACCAAGAAAUAGUUUACACCAGGUUUGAAUUCAUGGUGUUGGUUGAACUCAUGGUGUUAUUUAAAUACCAAUCAAUGUAAUAAUAUCACAUUCUGUGAUAUCAUUUUUAGCACCUUUGUUAUGUUCAAAUCCCCCAUAGAGAAUUUCAACACCAGCGCUAAUGGUGUAUACCAAUCGGUGUUAUUAUGUCACACUCUGUAAGGGAUUUUAGCAAUAUUUGGUGUUGUGUUCAAACCACAUGGGGUACUUUACACCAGUGUUGACUGUUAGUACUUUGCAAAUCGGUGUUAUUAUACCACAUUCUGUUAGUGAUUUUAACACUUGGUGUUUGGUGUUUUGUUCAAACCUCAUGGGAGUAUCUUUAACACCUGAUGGUCAUGUGUAUAUGUGGUCCUCUCGGAGGACACUCUAGAUUUUGGAAGUGUAUAAUACACUCACUACAGUGACUACAGAGAUAACAAAUAGUUGAUAUUGUAAGAGAAGUGUCCCAUUCUUGAUUAUAACUCAUUUCGUAGGAGUACCAUAUACUUACAAACUUUGUCAGGGAUAGAUCAUUAUUGCACCCUUAAUAAGUUUCAAUGUCAAAAUACCCAAAUUUUCCAUUUGAACAUUAUUUUCUACGACCUUAAUAUUUACAUAGAAAUUUAUAUAUUUAGGAAUAAAUUUUGAUCCAAAAUAUUCUU